UGGCCGUCAAAUCCCAACCCAACACCCUACCAGAUUUUCGACCACCACAACCACGCCCCUUACAGUAAGGCACGUUUCUACGAAUUAGUCAAGAUAUACCAUCCCGAUCGACAUCAUUACCAAAAGUCCGCCUCUUCCCACGAUGGUUCGCUGACCCACGCGGUGCGCCUCGAGCGCUAUCGGCUCGUCGUUGCCGCCAACGAGAUUCUCUCUGACCCUGUUAAGCGACGGGCCUACGACCUCUAUGGUGCCGGGUGGGGAUCUAAAAUGUCCCAUGAGAAUAUGUAUCGAAAGGCCUAUCGUUCCUGGCGCAAGGAGCCGGGAAAUCCAUCCAUGAACGCCACCUGGGAGGAUUGGGAGCGCUGGUACGAAGAGCGGGACGGCAACAAAGGCGCGAAACAAAAGCAACAGACGGUCUUCAUGUCCAACGAGCUUUUUGUCGUCGUCCUCUGCACACUGGUCGUAGUGGGCAGCAUGGGCCAGGCGAAGCGUGCUAGCACCAAUACGAUGAACCUUGUCGAAAUGCGAGAUCAGAAGCAUGCGGCCAUCAAUCAGGAUAUGAACCGACGGCAGAUGGAGCAAGGAGGUUUGACCAGGCACGAGAGGGUCGAAAAUUUCCUUAGGCAAAGAGAA